AUGUCUACCUUUGAGGACGCUGAGAAGGAGAGCGAGUAUGGAUACAUCAAGAAGGUCUCGGGGCCUGUCGUGAUAGCAGAUAACAUGGGAGGAGCUGCUAUGUACGAGCUUGUCCGUGUGGGAAAUGAUAAGCUUAUCGGAGAGAUCAUUCGUCUCGAGGGCGACUCCGCAACUAUUCAAGUGUACGAGGAAACAUCUGGUCUGACUGUUCGAGAUCCGGUGCUUCGAACUCGCAAGCCACUUUCGGUGGAGCUCGGCCCUGGUAUUCUCAGCAACAUCUUCGACGGUAUCCAGCGGCCGUUGAAAACCAUCGCCAUUAGGUCCGGCAAUGUGUACAUUCCGCGUGGUGUCGCGGUUCCGGCGCUUGACAAGGACAUCCUUUGGGAGUUCCAACCCAGGGCUCUGAGGCAGACAAAGCAGUACACGAUGCUUCAGACAUGGCCAGUCCGUACUCCCCGUCCUGUGGCACGAAAACUUCCAGCAGACACUCCUCUCUUAACCGGCCAGAGAAUUUUGGACGCCCUGUUCCCCUCAGUGCUUGGUGGUACUUGUGCUAUCCCCGGUGCUUUCGGUUGCGGAAAGACUGUCAUCAGUCAGGCGCUUUCCAAGUUUUCGAAUUCUGACGGUGUCAUUUACGUUGGUUGCGGAGAGCGUGGCAAUGAAAUGGCUGAGGUGCUGAUGGACUUCCCAAAGCUUACCAUGACACUUCCUGAUGGCCGUGAAGAGUCUGUGAUGAAGCGUACCACUCUUGUGGCCAACACAUCUAACAUGCCUGUGGCUGCGCGAGAGGCAUCCAUCUACACUGGUAUUACUCUUGCUGAGUACUUCCGAGACAUGGGAUACAACAUGGCCAUGAUGGCUGACUCCACGUCUCGAUGGGCGGAAGCUCUUCGUGAAAUUUCCGGGCGUCUUGCUGAAAUGCCUGCUGACAGUGGUUACCCUGCCUACCUGGCUGCCAGGCUGGCAUCUUUCUAUGAGCGUGCUGGCAAGGUUCAGUGCCUUGGCAGCCCUGACCGCACUGGAAGUGUCACCAUUGUCGGUGCCGUGUCUCCUCCUGGUGGUGAUUUCUCGGAUCCUGUCACAGCUGCUACGCUCGGUAUCGUCCAGGUGUUCUGGGGUCUGGAUAAGAAGCUCGCUCAAAGAAAGCAUUUCCCGGCUGUUAACUGGCUCAUUUCCUAUUCCAAGUACACCAAUGCGUUGGAGUCUUUCUAUGAUGUGGAAUCGCCAGAUUUCAUUGCCCUUCGUACCAAGGCCCGUGAGGUUCUUCAACGUGAGGAUGACCUGAAUGAGAUUGUGCAGCUUGUCGGAAAGGAUGCCCUUGCUGAAGGUGACAAGAUCAUUCUGGAGACGGCGCGUCUGCUGCGUGAAGACUACCUGGCCCAGAACGCCUUUUCCUCGCAUGACAAGUUCUGCCCUUUCUACAAGUCCGUAUGGAUGCUUCGCAACAUCAUCCUGUUCUAUCAGCUUGCAACCCAGGCUGUGGAGAGGGCAGCAGGUUCAGAGGGCCAGAAGAUCACUCUCAAUGUCAUCAAGCAGAGGCUUGGUGACCUUAUCUACAAGAUCGUGUCCCAGAAGUUCGAGGACCCCGCAGACGGGAAGGCGGUGUUGGAGGCCAAGUAUCAGAAGCUGAGCGAAGAGCUCACAGCUGCUUUCCGCAGCCUGGAGGAUGAUUACAGCUGGAGCGGGGAGCUGCUCGACGUGCAGCAGCACACUCAUUACCUGCAUUCACACCCGGGUUUCCCCCGCUCUAUCCCCGUACUCCUUCUUACCAGCGCGGAAGUUCGCUGUGCAAAUUUCGCAGAUGGGUGUAGCUGGAGCGGGGAGCUGCUCGACGUGCAGCAGCACACUCAUUACCUGCAUUCACGCCCGGGUUUCCCCCGCUCUGUCCCCGUACUCCUUCUUACCAGCGCGGAAGUUCGCUGUGCAAAUUUCGCGGAUGGGUGUAGCUGGAGCGGGGAGCUGCUCGACGUGCAGCAGCACACUCAUUACCUGCAUUCACGCCCGGGUUUCCCCCGCUCUAUCCCCGUACUCCUUCUUACCAGCGCGGAAGUUCGCUGUGCAAAUUUCGCGGAUGGGUGUAAUUGGAGGGGGGAGCUGCUAGACGUGAAGCAGCACUUGCUACAGUGCAAGACACGGCCCCGCCACUGCCAGUGUUGCUCGUCCGCUCGAGCUGAUCUACGAAGAGCCAAGGAGCUGAUAGUGGGGUACGAGCACCUGGUGUCGGACCUUCAGGGGGAAAUCCAGGCUUUAACUGAAGAGGUGGGGGCUCUCAAGGGGCAGGUGCAGGAGAAAGCGCGGAUGCUGCUUGCAGCAGGAGGGGCGGAUCUUGCUGGAGCCGUGAGAAACCUGCAAGUGGGACCUCAGGUGGGAUCUCAGAUGAUUUCUCAGGUGAAAUCCGAUCCUACUUCCAAUGCGCCUGAGCGUGUUGCCAAAGGAACAGCACCACCAGGUUCAGCAGCAGAAGCCACUGCUUCUAAGAAGCUUCCUGCACCACACUCACUCGCCUCUCGGUCAUUUGCAAAAUCUCAGAUGACUCUAGCAAGGCAACCUUGGCAGGGGGGGUUUCUUGUGGGCAGCCUUCCCGGGCACACGGACCGCGUGACCAAAAUUAUCGUCUGCCCGAGAGGCGAGAUUAUUUUCUCGGGCAGCCUGGACGGCACGAUUCGUCUGUGGCGGCGGAAUCAGAUCUCGGCUCAUCUGCUGGAUACGAUUGUGUGCUCUGGUGGAGGAGGGGGAUGGGACAGUGCUGCUGCCAACAGUGGUGAGUAUUGGUCGGGUGAAUAUAGAUCGGGUGAGCAGGGGAGUGGAGGGAGAGGAGCUGCUGCUGCUGCUGCGGUCUUUGAUUUGGUUCUAGACCCCGUUUCAGGCACUCUGUUCUCGUGCAGUGAGGAUGGGAAAAUCAGAAUGUGGAGGGAUGGGAGGUGUGUGGGGUGCACUGGGUGCAGGAGAGGCAGAGAGCGGUGGGGAGAGAGGUUGAGAGGAGGAGGAGGGGGAGGAGGAGCGGGUGGGGAUGUGGAGGGGGGGUUUGAGUUUGGGUCGCUGCCGCUGCGCAUGGCGUGGCAUGACGGGGUGCUCCUUGUGGCGUUUAGUGACGGCGAGGUGAGUGCUUGGGCUGUGGUGGAGGAUGCUGCAGUUUGGGCGCAGCAGCAGCAGCAGCAUCAGAAUAGGCAGCAGCAGCAGCAGCAGCAGCAGCAAGGGCAGAGGGGUGUGUUGCGACGAGUGGGAGUGUUACGAGCCGGCACAAGCACCCCGGCUCACUUGACCAGCAGCAGCGGCGGCGGCAGCGGCGGCGGCGGGAGAGGCGGCGAAGGAAGCGGUGGGAGCAGGGACUGGGAUAGGGACUACACUGGUGGUGGCUGGGGCGGUGGAGACACCACCAACGCUUCCCCCUUCAAGCACGGGUUUGCCGAUGUGGUAACCGCACCGGACGGAACCAUCUACUUCACAGCCAAUCACGAGCCGCCGAGGGAGGGCAGUGGGAGCAGAGGAGGAGCAGAGGAGGGGCAGGAGAACCCCCGUUUGUUUAGGGGUGGUGCUGUGGCAGCAUUGCGACGUCUCAAAACUAGCAGUGGGAGCAGUGGGGGCAGUGGGAGCAGCAGAGGAGGAGCAGAGGAGGAGCAGGAGUACCCUAUCUGUGUGUAUAGGGGUGGUGCUGUGGCGGCAUCUCUCAAAGGGCACAAGGCCCAGGUGAUUUCACUUGCUGUGGGCCCUCCCCUUCUGUUCUCCAGUGGGGAUAAUGGCAGCAGUGGCACGGGUGGUGGUGGUACUGCUGGUGGUACUGGUGGUGGUACUGCUGGUGCGAGUCCUUACUUUGCAGCUGGACCCACCCUCUAUUCCCUCUCUCUUGACGGAGAGGUGAGGAUAUGGAGCGGCGGGAAGUGUGUGGACGUGCGGCAGGAUUGGGCGGCGAGAAAUUGUCUUGUAGUGGGCCCAGAUUCGGCGGUUUACUGCCCUGGAGGUGGGAAGUACACUGGCAGUGGUGGAAAUGGUGGUGCUAGUGGUGGUGGUGGGUUUGAGGGUUGGGGAGGGGGUGACAGCACUGGCAGGGGGAUUACCUUUGCGUGGCGUGGGCGGCGCCUUUUGGCAGCAUUUGAGGAUGGAAUGGUCUCAGGAGGGGAGGAGGUGUGUGCGUUGGCGUUAGGGAGGGAUGGGACUUUGUAUUGUGGCGAGAGGAGGGGGACAAUCAGGGUGUGGCAUGCUAGUGAGGAUUAG